UUAAAUCGGAUGCAAAACAGUUAAAAAACUGUGUUUACUUAAAACGAAGCCAGAAAUACAAAUAUUCUCAUUUUUUUUUUUUUAGUUUUUAAAUAAGUUAUCAUUAUGGCUUCUAUAUUUGGAAAUUUUGUGAGACAAAUAAAAACAAAAGAUUUUUGGUGGAAUUACAUUUGCAGCACGCAUUUUUGGGGACCAGUUGUAAACUGGGGUAUUCCUCUUGCAGCCAUAGCAGAUAUGAAAAAAGAUCCUGAUAUGAUUAGCCCUAGAAUGACAUCUGCAUUAUGCAUUUAUUCUGCGUUAUUUAUGAGAUUUGCAUGGAAAGUGCAACCACGUAACUUGUUAUUAUUUGCUUGUCAUGCAACAAAUGAAGGUGCUCAGCUUAUUCAAUUGGGAAGAUGUGUGAAUCACUCAUUAAAGGAAAAGAAGAGCUCUUAAACUGUUUCAAGAGACACCAACAUAUACCAACAUAUACCAUAAUUUAGAAUUUCAUUUUUAAAUAUUUCACAUGUUAUAUAACCUAUUAUUAAUUUUUUUUUUUUAAUUUUAUUUUGUUACUUUUUCAAGUCUUAGAGAAAUUAAAUACCACAUAAUAAGUUAAGUAGUAAGUUAAAUAUUUUUUGAAUAUUUUUGAAGUUUGUAAGUAAAUUGUGUUAAUAUGCUUUUUUUACUGCAUUUUUUCAAUAUUGUAUUUUAUGUUAUGUGAAAACCUGAAUAGUCUUUUUCGUUGUUUUGAAGUUUGUUUAAAAAAUUUGUCUGAAAGUCUGUGGUACGAUAUUCUUGGCUAAAUUCAUGGAUUAUUAUGGCCACUUAACCUUUUCAGUCUGGUAGUAAAGGGCUUAACUAAGAGUAUUAGCAAUGGGUAUUUUGGCGUUAAAUACGAAGUUUGCUUUAAUGUCGGGUUAUCAGUUCUAAUAAAAAUAUUAUAUAUAUUCGUUAAAUUACGUUUAAAAGUAAGUUAUUGAAUGUUUUUAGAAUUUAAUAACUUACUUUUAAAGAUAUAUAAGUUAGUAACUUAUUGUAUGUUUUUGCAUUAUAAUUAAACUUAUAGAUGUAGUUCAAUGUAUAUAAUUCAAUUCAAACUUAA